AGGCUUUUGACUGUCCGAAGCUUUAUUGACAAGUGACAGGCUGGAAUGUGGCCCUGUGCGCGAGGCGGGGGAAGAAGCGCCGGGCUCCCCGCAGGUCUCCUCCAGCGCAGCUAUGCAUGGUUCCGGGCAUUGCUCCCGGCGGCCUCCGCGCCGCGCUGUGUGACGGGUCAUGUGUUCGCCGGGCACGUCUGCUGAGCGGAGCCGGUAGCCUCCCGGGGGAUACCGGUUCUGGAUGACUUACACGGCAGCUGCCGCAUCGCUUUCUUCCCUGCAGAGAGCGGCUACGUGUCCGUGCGGCCGGCCGGGAUGUCUGUGUGUAUGCGGCGCCUGAUCACCAGCACUCGGGGCUUUCUGUGGUCGGACAUGGAGACCCGUGCGCUGCUGGACAUCUGGGGGGAGGCGGACGUGCAGUCGGCCCUGGACGGCAAUUUCCGCAACAGCCAUGUGUACCGGGACGUGGCCGGCAGGCUGAGCGAGCUGGGCUUCGAGCGCACCCCGGAGCAGUGCCGCAUCCGCAUCAAGGGCCUGAAGCGCCAAUACUACCAGGCCCGGGAGGGCUUCAAGAAGAACGGGCACGCCCGCAAGAUCUGCCGCUACUACGAUGAGAUGGACCGCAUCCUGAGCACACGGCCCGCACCGGCCACCAGCGCCGAGCCUCCCGGUAUCCUGCUUCUCCGCCCCGAGCCCCCCUGCCGAGAAGAGCCACCUGCACACCCGAGGGACGACGAUCAGGAUGUGGAGGACGAGGAAGAAGAGCCCACCGGGGAGGGGGGGCCCGAGUCUUCACAGGACAACCUCACCGAGGACUCGGGGGAAGGAUCGUCCUGCUACACCGAGCACCCCAUCAAGGUGGAGGACGGCCCCAGCUUCGCCAUCCCGCUGCCCCCCGAGGAAGGUUAUAAAUCUGUUCAUGCUAAGACAAACCCACCUCAGGUACCUCAGCUUAAAAAGUCUAAGAAGCGCCACUUAGGCUUCUGUGUGGACAAGAUGAUGGAGCGUUUCCUUCAGCAGAGUGUGAGUGCGGAGGAGAGGUUCUACAAAUAUGAGGAACAGCGGCUACAGAUUGAAGACAAGCGGAGAGAAGCUGAGCACAGUCGGGAAAUCCAAAUGUUACAAAUGCUGGGACAGUUACUAAAUGGCAUCUCCUCCACCUCUCAGAUGGGAGGGCAUGGCCGUGUCAGCAGCCCCAUGCGAGGCAAUGGCCGGACGUAUGGGGACACAAUGCACUUUACUUCUGCUUCAACGUUUUCUCCUCCAAUAGUUUUAGAGAGAUCCUUCUCUCUGCGUCCUACGCGUCCAGCCAAGGACAUGGAGAAUAUCUUCCAGUUGGUCAGGAACGUCAUCCCCCCACUUACCUCUAAAAAGCACAAAGGUCAUGAUGGGAAGAUUGGCGUUGUUGGAGGCUGUCAAGAAUAUACCGGUGCGCCGUACUUUGCAGCUAUUUCAGCACUUAAAGUGGGUGCAGAUUUGUCCCAUGUAUUUUGUACCAAAGAUUCAGCCACCGUGAUAAAGUCAUACAGUCCGGAGCUGAUUGUACACCCAGUCCUGGAUCAUCCCAGCGCUUUACAUGAGAUUGAUAAAUGGCUUCCAAGAUUACACACUCUAGUAAUAGGACCAGGUUUAGGAAGAAGUGAUUCCAUACUGGACACCGCAAAGGGUAUCAUUGAAAAAGCCAAAGCAAAAGGUAUUCCUCUAGUUAUAGAUGCGGAUGGUCUUUGGCUUAUUGCACAACAACCUUCUGUUAUUCAAGGCUAUCAAAGGGCUGUGCUUACCCCGAAUUUCAUGGAGUUUAGUCGGCUGUAUGAAGCUGUGCUCACUGAGCCAGUGGAUAGCAGCGAUCAGCAUGGAAGUGUACUAAGGCUUAGCCAAGCAAUGGGCAAUAUAACCAUUGUUCAGAAAGGAGAAUGGGACCUAAUUUCAGAUGGUGAUAAAGUUUUAGUGUGCAAUCAUGAAGGUAGUAGCCGACGUUGUGGAGGACAGGGCGAUAUCUUAGCUGGUUCUCUUGGCGUCUUAGCACAUUGGGCAUUUCUUGCUGGACCAGAAAAAAUAAAUGGUCAAAAUCCUUUUGUGGUGGCAGCAUUUGGAGCCUGUUCUCUUACAAGGCAAUGCAAUCUUCAAGCAUUUCAGAAAUAUGGCCGAUCUAUGACUACAACAGACAUGAUCUCAGAAGUUGGAACAGCUUUUAGCAAGCUCUUUGAAACCUGAUACAGCAUAUUGUGAAUGACUGCUUUAUUCAUAGACUAACACUAUAAUGCACAAAAGACACUUGUUCCUGUGCAGUAGCAGUAUGAACAACAUGCAACACUUAUUUUCCUUUUUCCUGGGGGGGGGGGGGGGGGGGGAGAGCGGCAGAAGAGGAAAAAACCCAAAUUCCAGGUUUGUUUAUCGCUGUACCAAAAAUAAAAAUUAGAAUUACAGGGCAGAAGUUAAAGUGCACAUUCACAAUAAAGGAGCCCAGAUUUGUUUGCAGUCAUGGCCACACACUGGACCUACCUUUAGUAUGAGAUUGUUACUUCCCGCCUAGUUCAGUUAAGUAUUGGUGUUCUGAACGGUGAUAACAAGCUUUAUAGAAAUGAACAGCAUUAAGUGUAGAUGAGCACUGUCCAGUGACUCCCGCUCGCCCUUGGUGAUAAGUGCCUGCUGUUAGGUUUCAUUGUAAUGAGUUCUUUGUCAGAGCUUUUAAUGCAUUGAUCUUAAUGUACAUCAUAGUUUGUAUGCAAUUUUUGAAAAUAUUCACAGGAAAGUAGUAUAAAGGUAUUCAAAGGCUCUAUUGUCUUAAGUUAAUUUGGUGAUUUUUACUUUUAAGCAAGAUCUCAGAUUUAGGUAAGUUGUUUCAAAUGAAAGUAAAAUAAAUAUCCUUUCAUUUUGGACUAUUUUUCAUUAAAUGAGACUUUAAAUGAUUUUACU